CUGGACAUGACAUUGAUCUCUACCUUCAACCAUUGGUUCAAGAACUUAAAGAUUUGUGGGAGUAUGGGUUGGACACAUAUGAUGCGCAAAAGCGUCAAACAUUUAAGAUGCGUGCAGCUUUACAAUCAACGACCAGCGACUUUCCAGGUUAUGUUAUGCUAUGCUAUCUGGUUGGAGCACCAAAGGGAAGUUUGCAUGCCCCUAUUGUCACUACGAGACUGAUCAUAUUCACUUGAAUAAUAGCAAUAAAUCCUACUAUUGGGCUCAUCGUCGAUGGUUAGAUGAAAAUCAUCCUUGGCGGUAUGAUAUGGAGUCUUUUAACGGGGAAAAGGAAGAGAGGACAUCUCCAGAUCCUUUAACAAGGUAUCAAAUUUAAGCUUGUUGGAAAAUUGGGAAAACAAAUUUGGAAAGUUACAACCAAAGAAGAAAUAUGUAGAUUGUUCAUGGAGAAAGUCCUCCGUCUUCCACACUUUGCCUUAUUCGAAAGAUUGUGGGUGUCGUCAUCAUUUGGAUGUCAUGCACAUUGAAAAAAACGUAUGUGAUAAUGUGCUAGAGACUUUAUUAGACAUACCUGGAAAAUCAAAAGAUCAUCAUAAGGCUAGAUUAGAUAUGCAAGAAAUGGGUAUAAGGGAACAACUAUACCCUAUAGAUGCAGGUGACGGGCGGUAUGUUUUGCUGCCCAAAGCAUCAUUCUCAAUGACGAAGGAAGAGAAAAGCAUAUUUUGUAGUGUUUUGAAGAAGGCAAAGCUGCCCCAAGGUUGUGCAUCAAAUAUUGCAACGGGUGUGCAAGUGAAGGAGGGGAAAAUAUCAGGGUACAAGAGUCAUGAUGCUCAUAUAAUAAUGCAACACUUGCUUUCGUCAGCUAUUAGAAAAACUUUACCAAAGCAUGUUGCUUUACCUCUUAUGAGAUUGACCGGCUUUUUUAGAGAAAUAUGCAAGAGAGUCAUCAAUCCAAAAUAUUUGGAUCGCCUUCAAGCACAAAUUGUUGAGACUCUUUGUGAACUAGAAAGAAUAUUUCCACCAUCUUUUUUUGACAUAAUAGUCCACUUACCGAUUCAUUUAAUUGAUGAAAUAAAGCGUGGUGGACCAGUUUGUGAUUGGUGGAUGUACCCUAUAGAAAGGUACCUUGGAAAGUUAAAAUCAUAUGUUAAAAAUCGAUGUCGCUCGGAGGCUUCUAUAGCUGAAGGUUAUUUGGCUGAAGAGUGCUUGAUAUUCUGCUCUAGGUAUUUAAAUGCAAGUGUAAAGAAGCAAUCUAAGUGGUUUAGCAAAAGUCAAGAGAAAAGUAAUGAAAUUGAUGAAGAAUCACCUUUGUUCCCUAAGGCAGGUUUUCCUCUUGGGAGGAAAAAGAAAGGGAAGAAGAAAGGGAAGUCAUACACUCUUGAUUCAAACACAAUGACUCUAACACAUCGUUAUGUGUUGUUUAAUUGUGAAGAUGACCUAGUUGAGAAUUACAUCAAGGAACAUGAAGAGUUUGUAAAGAAGAAGUCUAAAGAUAGACAAAAAAGAAGGUGGAAAGAGGCACAAGAGCAUAGCAAUGAAUUCAUGGUUUGGUUUAGAGGAAAGGUCGAGGUGAAUUAUGUCCCAGAUCAUAUCAAGUGGCUAUCCAAAGGUCCUUCUAGUGUUGCACGGAGCUACACCGGAUAUUUUUGUAAUGGAUAUAAGUUCUACAUAAGAGAUCAUGAUGAAAAGUGUAAAACGCAAAAUAGUGGAGUCUCUUUGACAGCUUUGACUCCAAGCUUCGCGAGUAGCAAGGAUCACAAUCUCGUUCUUGGUGAUGUCACAUACUAUGGGAUUAUAAGGUCUAUAAUAGAGAUAGAUUAUUGGAGUGCUUUCAGUGUUGUGUUAUUCAAGUGUGAUUGGUUCCAUAUGGAAGUAGACGAUUAUGGACUCACUCGUGUUAACUUCAAGAAACUGUGCUCUAAAGAUGAUCCUUUUGUCUUGGCAUCACAAGUGCAUCAAGUGUUCUAUACUCAAGACGACCUUGAAGAAGAUUGGUACUAUGUGAACCAAAAUUUUCCAAGAGACUUUUUUUUAUGUCGAGGGGCAAUCUGAACAAACGUUUAUGAGUGAACUUCGUGAACCCGCGGAGGAUGUAAUUUCUGCUACAGGUCAUGUUGAACAUCAUAAUUGGUGCAGAGAAGCUGCUUAUGACAGAGUUGAGGUUCAUGUGAACAAUGAAAUUAUGGAUGAUAAUCGAGAAGAAAGUUCCGAUAUAGAUGACACAUAUUGGGAUUGGAUGGAACCAUCAAAGUGAAAUGUCUAGAGAAUUUAAUUAGAAUUAUUAUUAUAAUAGAUUUAAACCUAUUUUGUGGAUUUCACAAAAUAUCAUUGUAGUGUUUUAUUUUUCUAUCUUAACUUCUUGUGUUAUUUUUUUUGUUUUUAAGUCAGUGGUUAAAUAAAGUGUUGUGAAACAGAGUACCUCUAUGUUGCUAGUUGAUUUGAUUCAAGGUUUGAUAUUAUAGUGACAAUUUAAUAUUCAAAGGGUCAUUCUUAUUUUCACCAAGACCCAAAUUACAUUUAGCCAACUGUUGAAAUGUUCUUUCUACUCAGAAUAUGUAAAUUAAUCUAGACUUUGUUUUAU